AUGGUCGGCCUGUCGUUCCCCGACGCGCGAGCGGUCAGCGCGUCUGUCGACGAGCAGAGCGGGCCGGACGACGGCGAGCUUGGUGGUGGAGUGUUGAUCGACCCGUUAUUGCUCGAUCCCGCCUUGCAGAGCGGCGAGUAUUCCCCACCUCUCCCUCUCGAACAGCAGACGCAGAGCCUCGCGCCGGCGCCCACGAACCACGACUCUUUCUCGCCCGGGCCACAGGGCGACCCCUUCGCGCCCCAGCUCCCCGACUUUUACCCUCAACCCCUCCCCGCACCCUCCCAGCCCUUUGCUCAGCCAGAAUUGCAGGUGGUGCAGGAGGUGCAGCCGGCGCCGAAGAAGCUCAAGCCGCGGAAGAACGCGGACAAGAACUGUGGGUUCUGCGGGCACAGGAAGAAGAAGAACGCGGAUGGGCGGGACGACGGGCUUAUUAGCUGUGCGGAGUGUUUAAGGAGCGCGCACCCGUCCUGCGCGCACCUCAAACCCAUCGAACAAGCCGUCGCGUCCUACGACUGGAAAUGCAACGACUGCAAGAAAUGCGAGGUCUGUCACACCGAUCCCAAAGAGGUGGACAUGACGCUCUGCGAAUCCUGCGACCGCGGCUGGCACCCGCACUGCCUCACCCCCGCGCUCCCCAGCCCGCCCGAGGGCGACUGGUUCUGCCCGAAAUGCACGGGCAACCCGCAGGGCGUCGAGCACCCGCCGAGCCCGUAUGCGCUGGAUGAGAACGGGAUGCCGGUGGUGGAUGAGAACGGGGAGCCGGUGUUGCGGCCGGUGGUGGAUGGGGUUGGACAGCCCGUGCAGACGCGGACUGAGGUGGAGGUUAAGGACGAGGAACUUGUGGGUAGCGGAUUGGUUGGACCAGGAGUCCCUGGAGAGCCAGCUGCGACGGCGAUGGGUACACCGGAUAUACCAGACUACGCGCCCGCGCCCGCCACUCCCGCCGUCAACGCUCCAGCAGUCCCCAUCAAACGCCCCCGCGGCCGUCCGCCGAAGAACCGCGCCCUAAUCCCCAACGCCAAUCCUUCCGCUUCUACCGCAGCGCCCACAACCAGCGACGCGGCGCCAAUCGCUAGUUCAUCCUCACUCAAACGACGCAGGAAUACAAUGACCCAACCGCGCAAACGGCGGAAACCCUCGGACGACUCGGGCGAGGACGAUGUGGACGCGGAUGCAGAGGCGGAUGAGGAGGAGGAGGAGGAGAGGAAGAAGGCGACGAAGCUGACGAUAAAGCUGAAUAAAGGCAAAGACCGCGCACGCUCCUCCACCCCCGAGCGCGACGAAUACGCCGACGUCCUCACAACACCCCAACGCGACACAACCCGAACAACAAUCGCAGCGUCCGACAAGACCCGCUUCGAGAAGGCGCGGCUGUCCGUCGAGGCGAAAGGCCUUCCGCCCGCAAAACCCCUCUCAGGCAUCGGCCCCGGCGUGCGCAACACCCGCUCCGCGCACCUCGCCGCGCUCGCCCCGUCCAACCCGCUCCUCGACCUCGACGGGCGCCUCCAGUCCCCCUCCGCCUCUGCUUCCACACCCGCCCCCCUCACCACUCCCAUCGCGCCUGUAGGUCCCAGCGCGGCGGGGCCAAGCCAGCCGCGCAUCAAAACGAUCCGGCUGGGCGUGUACGACAUCCAGACGUGGUACGACGCGCCGUUCCCCGAGGAGUACGCGCAGAUCCCCGACGGCCGGCUCUGGCUGUGCGAGUUUUGCUUGAAGGGCAUGAAGAGCGAGUUUACCGCCGCGCGCCACCGGCUAAAGUGCAAAGCGCGGCACCCGCCGGGCAACGAGAUCUACCGCGACGGCACGCUCUCGAUCUACGAGAUCGACGGGCGCGCGCACAAGCUGUACUGCCAGAACCUCUGCCUGCUCUCCAAGAUGUUCCUCGACCACAAGUCGCUCUUCUACGACGUCGAGCCCUUCCUCUUCUACGUCCUCACCGAGACCGACGCCGCCGACGCAGGCGGCAGAGGCGGGGGUGGUGGAGCAGGCGGGGGAGGGG